AUGGGUGUCACUUUUCGACCGCUGAAUGCCAAAGAGCAAGAGAUCCGCCUUCUCACUAUUCUUCCGGACAAGCGAUUUAGUAGUGAUUUACGAUGCUCUCUACACACCAUGUCCCUCAAGAAACCUGUGAGAUUCGAGGCGCUCUCCUACGUAUGGGGAGGUACUGAGGCAACAGAGAACGUGUUGCUCGAAGGGCGCCAUUUUCGAGUCACUCCUAGUCUCGCCAUUGCGCUCCGCUACCUUCGAAAACGAUGUCAUGAGCGAGUUGUCUGGGCUGAUUCCAUUUGCAUUGAUCAAAGAAAUGCAGAAGAACGAAACAGUCAAAUUCUUUUAAUGACACUCGUGUAUACAGCAAGUACUCGCGUUAUCUCUUUCCUCGGGGAAGCAACCCACGAGAUUGAGCGGAUGGUAUCUUGGACAGAGCGAUAUAUAUAUAAAAAAGUCAAUAAAAGAACGCUUUACUGGUGGAAACUUGACGGCAAAGCUAUACUCUCAGCAAAGGCCCGACAUGAAAAGAAGCUCAGCCUUAUCGAAGCUUACCAUGGGACAGUCGAAUUAUCAUCUCGUCCAUACUGGACUCGUCUUUGGACUUACCAGGAGUACAAUUUGCCUGAAAGCGAACCUAUUUGCCUCUGCGGUCAUGUUGAAUUCAAAGCCUGCACCAUCAGCGAGAAAGUACGAGAACAUUUAGCUACGAAAGCAAUUGCCGUCACUAAUCAGUUUUCGCAUUCCCAAAGAUGCGAUGACCAGACAAAGAAACACCUCAAGUCAAUGGCGACUCACUUAAUCCAUAGAGGCAACGUCUUCUGCUUCACAAUGCAUAUAGAUGGUCGGAAAGGCCACGACCAAAAGCAAGCCAGACAAUUAAGCCAGCUUCUCUGGAGGACACCCAGGCAUCAGUGCUCAGAUCCAAAGGAUAGGAUCUAUGCAUUAUACGGAAUGAGUCCAGCGGCGCGGGAUGUGUAUCCGCCUGACUAUAAUAAGCCCGUGGAGCAAGUGAUGAAAGAGGCCACAAAAUACAUUAUCGAACAUGAGAUUGGAUUAAUGGCCCUCCAUAUGUUCUUGGUUCGAGAUAACAACACUUCGACCGAUAUGCUCCCUACAUGGGUCCCAGACUUUACUAAAGACCCGGCAAAGAAGGGCAAAGACGGAUCACAGUACAUUUUUGUGGGAGAUGAGGCUAUAUUAAAAUCGGAGGUUGAAUAUCAACCUUAUGUCUCUCCAGACCUAUCUACCCUUCAUCUAUGGGCUCGUCAUGCAGGCAAUUGCAAAGUUCUUUUCCGUUUCCAUGCAACCGUGCCUGGAACCGCUUUGCAAAUUAUAAGAUUCCUUGACGAGGUGUCCAAGACGGUCAAUUCAACCGGUUAUCAGGAGAGAUUCCUUCAUGCAUUUCUACUCCAUGAUCCCGAAUGUUUGAAACUUGCCCAAGAAGAAGUUCUAACCGCAAUUCGCGAAAUAGCCGGUCAUUGGGAUCGUGUUCGGAGAGGCUGGCAAAUAGAGCUAGUUUCAUCGGUGAUUAAUGGAUUAGAAGGAACAUGCGGUAAAACAGUAUUUCUCGCUAUCAGUUCAUUCGGACGGUGCCUCGGAGUGAGUGGUUUAAGGGUGUAUGAUGGGGACCUAGUCGUUCUGGCCAAUACCGCAUCACAACCGAUGGUACUGCGUGAAAAGGCUGGAAGAUAUCAUGAUGGUGAGCAGGUCUAUCAUCAACUAGUUGGCCCGGCAUUUUUGGAUGGUGUUGCCGACACGCGGAUAUCAAAUCCGUUUUAUGACAAUCUCAAAUGCAGCCUUAUAAAGAAUUUCUAG